AUGGCGGCCACCAUGCGUGCAGCGAUUGUCCAAAAUCCGGGCAAGGAUUUCACCAUCGACAUCAUCGACAAGGCCAAACCUCAGCCUGCCCACGAUGAGAUUCUCGUCCGGCUCCAAGCCACGGGCUUAUGCCAUUCAGAUCUCUCAUUGAUGAUGCAGGAAUGGACCGGGUUUCGAACCAAGAUGCAGACGGUCGGCCAUGAAGGCGCCGGCAUUGUCGAGGCCAUCGGCAAAGACGUCACGGGCUGGCAAGUUGGGGACAGGGCCGGCGUCAAGCCCAUCUCCUGGGUGUGUCACUCGUGCGAGAGCUGCAUCAAAGGUCGCGAGCAACAUUGCCCGGAGGCCUGA